AUGUCCUGGAAAUUGGGACCUCGGAUGAUUCCAGCCCCAAUCUGCUGCAUCCAACAAGUCCGAGCGUAUUGUGUACCACGACUGGAGCACGACGACGACGACGACGACGACGCGAAUAAUAAGGAUGCCGGCAGCACCACCUUUCUGGUCCAAGUUGAACUGGAGAAUGGCAUGAUUGGGAUUGGUAUUAGCACGGGAGGUGAUGCCGCAUGUUACAUUGUCGAGAAACAAUUGGCCAAGCAGUGUGUCGAGGGAGAAGAUCCAUCCAACGUGGAGUUGAUUUGGAACAAAAUGUUUCGUCAGAUUUCGGUGCACUAUAGCGAACGAGGGGUUGCCAUGCAUGCCAUUAGCGCCAUUGAUUUGGCCAUUUGGGAUGUCUUGGGGAAAUUGAGAAAGUUGCCAGUUUAUGCCAUGUUGGGUGGGAAAACCAAAGAAAAACUGUCGCUGUAUGCCACCACGGUGCGACCGGAUGUGGCCAAGCGCCUGGGAUUUCAGGCUGCCAAAAUGACAAUGCCGUUUGGACCAUCGGAAGGAUCCAACGGAAUGACACAAAAUUUGAAUUUGAUUCGCAAGUGGAGGGGAACCCUUGGACCGGAUUAUCCAUUGAUGGUGCAGUGCAACAGGGAAAAACUGACAUUGCCCUAUGCCAUUGAAUUGGCCAAACAUUGCCAAGGCUGCAAUCUAAAAUGGAUGGAGGAAUCAUCGUCAUCACCAUCAUCAUCCCUGGCUCCUCCGCGACGAAACAACCAAUGCGAUUGGUAUUCCAAACUAAAGGACCAGGUGCCCACGAUAUCUUGGGCAAUUGGGGAACACUUGUACACGCGAUAUGACUACCGAGGGUUACUCGAACAGGAAUCUUGCAGUGUCAUUCGUCUCAAUCUGACCACCUGUGGGGGUCUCACGGAAGCACGAAAGAUUGUUGCCAUGGCAUCUGCCUAUGAUGUAAAUGUCAUUCCAACUGCUUCCAGCAGUGUCUAUGGAUACCACUUGCAAAUGGCCUUUUCCAACUGUCCAAUAGGAGAGUUCAUCAUCCACAAGUCACAAGAAGAUUCAAAUUCGAAUAGAAAUGGAAACCAUUUGAAAGGCUACUUUGGAUCCAUUGUAUUAGGAGAACCUUUGCCAUCCAAUGGACACAUUUCACUGUCACCCGAUAAAUUUGGUUUUGGAAUCCACCUCAUGGGACAACAACAACAACAACAACAACAACAACAACAUGGCAGCAGCCAAUUGGUAUUCACACGGCCCUAUCAACAUCAUCCUUGGUCUGCUGCUCCUGCUGCUGCAGUGGGUCCUCGGGAAGAUCAAAGCCGACAAGCGGCGGCGCACAAUCUAGUGGCAGCCGCCAAGACGACCUUUUCUUCCAUUUCACCAACAACGACAACAACGACAACGACAACAACAACAACAAUGCAGCCAACCACGGCUGUCAUUUCACCUCCGACCACUUCGCAGCAACAGCCACCAGGACAUCCAUCGCCAUUGCGGGGAGGAGGAGGAGACCACCAUCAGAAUAACAAAUUGAUUCCCAUCAAGCGAGCCAUGGAUCGAAAGGUUAGGACGACCAAUCCUCUCCCAUGCGCUGCUACUGGUACUAAUGCUGCUGCUACUACUACUGCUACUACUAAUCCAUCAGCAUACAUGACAACUACCAACAACAACCAAAAUCAACACAAGAUGGUGACGGGUUUUCGAAGGUUUCUUUCCACUGAGACCGUCCAAGGCCUGAGCUAUCAAGAAUCGGGAGAUUGGUGCAAAAAGGUGGGAAUCUCUCUAUCGGGACGCAAACAUGAAAGGAUUCAUCGGCUGACAGAGUACCUCAAGAGUAAGCCGAAUGGAUACAAGGAAUACUAG